UAUUUUAUUUUAUUGAGAAAUAUAAGUUGCAGCUAAGGAGCAGUGAAGUUUAAUUAUCGAUAAUUCCAGAGAUGAUUUUUACAGAGUUCAUUGAAAUUUUGAUCUUCUGCAGAUCUCCUCAUGCUGAUGCAAUCAUCAUCGAUUUUUCUGUGGCUUUUUGUAAUUCUGUCGCCAUGUUUCGAUCGGAGCUCGGCCACCGCCGCCGCCGCCGGAGAUCGGAUGCCGGCGUCGAUAGUUGCACGUCACGGCGUCGUGGCGGCUGAUCACGGCCUAUGCUCGACAAUAGGCCGGGAUGUCCUCAAGGAAGGCGGCCAUGCCGUGGAUGCCGCGGUGGCUACUGCCUUCUGCCUCGGUGUCGUCAAUCCGGCAUCUAGCGGCAUUGGUGGCGGCGCUUUUAUGCUCGUACAUUCGUCCCACCGCAACACCACCGAAGCCUACGACAUGAGAGAAACUGCUCCCCUUCGGGCUUCAAAGAAUAUGUAUGCCGGAAAUCGUACACUAAAAGCGAGCGGCGCGCUCUCGGCUGCUGUUCCCGGCGAAGUCAUAGGCCUCGAACUUGCAUGGAAGAAAUACGGGAGGAUGCCGUGGGCGAGGCUUGUUCGACCGUCCGUUAAAAUUGCUCAGGACGGAUUUCCGGUUUCGCGAUACCUCCACAUGCAAAUGACUGCAUCCGAAUCGGGUAUUCUCGCGGACAAGGGCCUCCGCCAUGUUUUCACAUCGAAUGGGAGUCUAUUGAAGCCGGGAACUCUUUGCCGAAACAUAAAACUCUCGGAAACAUUGAAGAUCAUAUCAAAUAGCGGAGCGAAAGCCUUUUAUAACGGAUCGAUAGGCUUAGGCUUGAUAAAGGAUAUAGCCGAGGCCGGAGGAAUACUAACGCGCGAGGAUUUGGCGAGCUAUACCGUAAAAGUUAGAGAAGCCAUAGUUGUGGAUGUUAUGGGGGUCAAAAUAUUCGGCAUGCCUCCGCCAUCUUCCGGAGGCGCGGCCUUAGCACUCAUGCUAAACAUGUUGGAGCAAUAUCGAGACUUGUCUAGCAUUUCCGAUCCCCUCAUGGCUCACCGCAAAAUCGAGAGUUUGAAGACGGCGUUCGCUCUACGAAUGAAUCUUGGCGACCCCGACUUUGUGGACAUCGAAGAUGUCCUAAAAGAUAUGUUGUCGAAAAGCUUCGCUAAACGAAUGAAGAUGUUGAUUAACGACAAAACGACAUUCAAUUCAAGUCAUUACGGUGGGAGGUGGAACCAAUUAUACGAUCACGGGACAAGCCAUCUCUCCAUCGUAGACAAGGAUCGCAACGCGGUGUCGAUGACUAGCACCAUCAAUGCGUACUUCGGCUCCAAGUUCCUCUCGCCGUCCACCGGAAUUAUUGUAAACAACGAAAUGGAUGAUUUCUCUAUUCCGACGACUAACAUUUCAACGAGCGAACCGCCGCCCGCGCCUCCGAACUUUAUCGCCGCCGGGAAAAGGCCAUUGUCAUCCAUGACUCCGACCAUCAUCUUUAAGGACGGAAAAUUGAAAGGCGUUGUAGGUGCAAGUGGAGGAGCACUGAUAAUUGCCGGCACAACACAAGUUUUACUUGGUCAUUUAGUGAGAGGAAAAGAUCCACUCUCAUCUGUCCUAGCUCCAAGACUCUAUCACCAGCUUGUUCCGAACGUGGUGCAGUAUGAGAAUUGGACAGUGCCGAGCGGCGAUGUGUUUGAGGUAGGUGCGGAAAUAAGAGAGUCCCUGAAAAGGAAAGGACAUAUUGUUCAAGGCUACGGCGGUGGAACAAUUUGCCAAUUCGUAGUUCAGCAGCUCACUGGUCCUAAUGCAGGCCAACUUAUUGGUGUUAGUGACCCCAGAAAGGCCGGAUUUCCGGCCGGUUUUUGAUCCCAUUCUCAUAUAUCAAUAAUUAAUUUAUUAAUGGUGGAACAGGUGGACCAUAAAUAUACUUCUUUCUGAGACCAUUUUCAAUUCAUCAAUUUUAUUUAUGCAAAUUUUAACUUUAAAUAUGCAGUUGUUAUAAUAAUUUUAUUCCAAGUAUAAUUCUAUUUUUCACU